UCGAGGCCGCCCCCCAGCCGUCUCCCAUUCACACUGUCACCUCGCAGAGUCUGACCCCACUUCGGGCCGCUGCGCCGUCCGAGUCGGGUUCCAGCACUCUGCUUCGCUGCCCCACCCCCGGUGCGUCUGUGGUGCCUUUGGUCCCGCUGGCUCGGUGUCUGGAAGCCUGGAUAGCGCUCCCCAGCCCGUCCCGCUGGCUCAUUCGCACUAUCAGACUCGGCUAUGCGAUUCAGUUCGCCCGGCGUCCCCCGGUCUUCAGGGGUGUCCACUACACUCAGGUGUCCCUGGACAAUGCACCUGUUCUCCGGGCGGAGAUUGCUGUCCUCCUGGCGAAGGAUGCAAUCGAGCCGGUCCCUCCAGCCGAUAUGAAGUCAGGGUUCUACAGCCCCUACUUCAUUGUACCAAAGAAGGGCGGUGGGCUACGGCCAAUCCUGGAUCUGCGUGUCCUGAACCGGUCCCUUCACAGGCUGCCGUUCAAGAUGCUUACGCAGAAGCGCAUUUUCGAAUGCGUCCGUCCCCAGGAUUGGUUUGCAGCGAUCGACCUGAAGGACGCGUACUUUCAUGUCUCGAUUCUGCCUCGUCACAGACCCUUCCUACGGUUUGCGUUCGAGGGUCGGGCAUAUCAGUACAAAGUCCUACCCUUCGGGCUGGCCCUGUCGCCCCGCGUCUUCACGAAGGUUGCGGAGGCGGCCAUUGUUCCGCUCAAGGAACAGGGCGUUCGCAUCCUCAACUACCUCGACGACUGGCUCAUCCUGGCCAGCUCGCGGGAGCAGUUGUGCGAACACAGGGACAUGGUGUUAGCUCACCUCAGUCGGUUGGGUCUUCGGGUCAACUGGGACAAGAGCAAACUCUCCCCCGGGCAGAGGAUCUCUUAUCUCGGUAUGGAACUGGAUUCGGUCGCCCGGACUGCGCGCCUCACCGAGGAGCGCGUCCAGUCAGUGUUGACCUGCCUGAGUACGCUCAAGCGCAGGACAGCGGCCCCACUGAAACUCUUUCAGAGGCUCCUGGGGCAUAUGGCAUCCGCAGCCGCAGUCACGCCGCUCGGAUUGCUUCAUAUGAGGCCGCUUCAACACUGGCUCCGCGGCCGGAUCCCGAGAUGGGCGUGGCAGCGCGGUACGUUCCGUGUUCCCGUGACACCGAAUUGCCGUCGCACCCUCACCAAGUGGUCGGACCCUUCGUUCCUGCGGGCUGGAGUUCCCCUCGAACAAGUGUCCAGGCAUGCUGUGGUCCACACAGAUGCCUCUGCCACAGGGUGGGGGGCCACGUACAACGGGCAUGCAGCGUCGGGUCUGUGGACGGGGCCCCAACUGCAUUGGCAUAUCAAUUGCCUCGAGUUGCUAGCAGUACGUCUUGCACUGGGCCGCUUCCAGGAGCUGUUGACAGACAAGCACGUACUGGUCCGCUCGGACAGCACUGCGGCCGUUGCGUACAUCAACCAUCAGGGUGGUCUACGCUCCCGCCGUAUGUCGCAACUCGCCCGCCAUCUCUUGCUAUGGAGUCAGAAGCAUCUGAGGUCGCUUCGUGCCAUUCACGUCCCAGGCGUGCUCAACCGUGCAGCCGACGAGCUCUCACGGCAGCCUCCGCUUCCGGGCGAAUGGCGGCUCCAUCCCCAGGUGGUCCAGCUGAUCUGGCAGCGCUUCGGCGAGGCACAGAUAGAUCUGUUCGCCUCCCCGGAGACUGCCCACUGCCAGUUGUUCUAUUCCCUGACCGGCGGCACGCUCGGCACGGAUGCCCUGGCAAUCAGCUGGCCCCGGGGCCUACGCAAAUAUGCGUUUCCCCCAGUGAGCCUUCUCGCACAGCUCCUGUGCAAAGUCAGGGAGGACGAGGAGCAGGUCUUGUUAGUGGCUCCAUAUUGGCCCACUCGGACCUGGUUCUCGGACCUCACGCUCCUCGCGACAGCACCUCCCUGGCCCAUUCCUCUGAGGAAGGACCUCCUGACUCAGAGACGGGGCACCCUCUGGCACCCGCGUCCCGACCUGUGGAAACUCCAUGUGUGGUCCCUGGUCGGGACGCGGAGGUUCUGAGUGAUCUCCCGCAAGCGGUCGCAGACACCAUCACUUCCGCUAGAGCUCCUUCUACGAGGAACCUCUAUGCGCUGAAGUGGAACCUAUUCGUCGAAUGGUGUUCCUCUCAACCAGAGCGAGAGGACCCCCGAUCAUGUUCGGUCAGAACCGUGCUUUCCUUUCUGCAAGAGGGCCUGGAGCGAAGGCUGUCUCCCUCCACCCUCAAGGUGUAUGUUGCCGCUAUCGCCGCACAUCACUAUGCAGUUGAUGGUAAAUCGCUAGGGAAGCACGAUCUGAUCGUCAGGUUCUUGAGGGGGGCGAGGAGACUGAAUCCUCCCCAGCCCCCCUCUGUACCCUCUUGGGAUCUGACCCUGGUUCUUACAUCUCUCCGGGGUCGUCCCUUCGAGCCUUUGCAAUCAGUCGAGUUAAAAGUACUGUCCCUAAAGACCGUCCUCCUGGUUGCAUUGGCCUCGCUCAAGAGGGUAGGGGACCUGCACGCAUUUUCGGUUGACGAAUCGUGCCUGGAAUUCGGGCCCGGUGACUCUCACGUUAUCCUGAGACCCCGGCCUGGAUAUGUGCCCAAGGUUCCUACCACUCCCUUUCGAGAUCAGGUAGUGAACCUGCAAGCGCUGCCUUCGGAGGAGGCAGACCCAGCCCUAGCUUUGCUCUGUCCCGUCCGCGCGCUGCGCCUGUACGUGGACAGAACGCGAAGCUUCAGGACCUCAGAUCAGCUCUUUGUCUGUUACGGAGGCCAGCAGAAGGGAAAGGCUGUCUCCAAGCAGAGGAUGGCCCACUGGAUAGUGGACGCCAUCGCCCUGGCGUACGAGUCCCAGGGCGUGCCUUGCCCGUUCAGGUUGAGAGCCCACUCCACCAGAGGAGUGGCCUCUUCCUGGGCGUUGGCGCACGGCGCCUCGCUGACAGAUAUCUGUAGAGCUGCGGGCUGGGCGACACCUAACACGUUCGCUAGAUUCUAUAGCCUUCGUGUAGAACCGGUAUCUUCCCGUGUACUCGCUUCCACCAGCCGGUAGACGCGAAGAGCCCGUUCUAGUGUCGGCUUGCAAUGCCACUCCCGCCCCCUGGGCCGGAUACGUGCAUCCUUUUUACUCCAGUCGAGUUCCCCGCUUGGCGAACCCUGUCGAGUUCCUCCGCCUCCCCCUUCGGCUCGGACAUUGCGGAGUGUCUGAUGCCAGGCCAAACCUCCGUCACCGACGUUGACGUUUGGCUGGGUUCCACAUGUCGUGACCCCUCCACGUGAGCGGUCCCAUGUGUGUAUUGUCCACGGUCAACUCCCUACGGCGAGCCCGUGUCUUUCCCUAGCAGAGCCAGCUCUGCUGUCACCUGUCAGAUGAGUCUCCCCCUACCCAGGUGGAGCCAUCCCAGGGACUCCAUAUGCGUACUGCCCACGGCCAGUCCAUAUGUGUACUCUCCACGUAAAUUCCUCCCCUACGGGUGGGUAGUGGUCUCCGCAGCGUCCCCUACGGGUUCGCUUCCCCAGUGUAGUCUAGUUUACUUAGUGGGUAUGUCGGAACAGCAGUAGACUCUCUCGGCGUAAGCUCGCCCCCUUCCCCGUCCCACUGGUGCGCCGGGUGGCUAGAGCUUGCGCUGGGCACUGGAAGGGGUUCAUACUGUGGCGCUUUAUUUGGGAUCCCAAUUCGUCGGUCACUACUGACGUACGUCGAACGUGACCGACUGAAAGGGAACGUCUCGGUUACGUAUGUAACCCUCGUUCCCUGAAGGAGGGAACGGAGACGUACGUCCCGUCGCCACAGUUGCUGUACCCUCGCUGUAGUGCGGACUAGAUUGUCUCCUCAGCGAAAAACAGAGUGCGAUUGCAUCUGCUCCCCUAUUUAUACCACCUGGCGGGGGCGGUGCGCAUUAUGCAAAUAUCGCACGCCAACUCCAUUGGCCUGUUGUAGUUCACUCGAAGCUGAUAGGGCUCUCUAGCGAUAUCCCAAUUCGUCGGUCACUACUGACGUA